AUGAGCACUUUAACGUCGUUCGACGAAACUGAAGGACCAGAUGGAACCCACAAGAGUGACAAUGUCCCUGUCCGAGAUAGAAUUCCAUCGAUCAAGGAAGUCUAUAGUGAGCAGAGUCCUCUUGUCGACAAAACAUUAUAUCAAACUAUAAAUUUACCUCGGAACAUAUCGUUUGGCUGUGAAAAUAAACAGUACAGAACACAAUAUUUAGCCACGUUCAUCGUAACUAUUGGUGGGUUCAUCAUGGGCACAACACUUGGAUGGACGUCUCCAGCUGGCCCAAUGAUGAAAAAUGGCCAAUACGGAUUCCACAUUACUGAUGACGACAUUUCAUGGAUUGCGUCGUGCAUGCCACUUGGUGCAAUACUCGGAUGUCCGUUUAUGGGUGGUCUAGUCAACAUAUUGGGACGUAAACGUCUGAUGAUAAUGUUAACUAUUCCCGCACUCUUAGGAUGGGCGAUGAUAAUCUGGGCUGAUUCUGUGACAAUAAUCUGUAUUGGCAGAAUUCUAAAUGGAUUUGCAAGUGGUUCAUACUCUGUGAUUGUACCACAAUACACCGCUGAAAUAGCUGAUAACGAAAUACGUGGUACUUUGGGAACUUAUUUUCAGUUACAAGUAUUUUCAGGUAUCUUGUUCACUUAUGUCAUUGGAUCAUAUUUAGAUGUAUUUGGUCUGUCUAUUGCUUGUGCAAUAGUUCCAGUGGUCUAUUUUUGUUUGAUGUUUUUCGUACCAGAAAGUCCAAUUUUCUACCUAACAAAAGGAAAUAUUAUAAAAGCUCGAUGGUCAUUGAAAUAUUUCCGUAGACCUUUUGGUCAGGUGGACCAAGAAUUAAUUACAAUGCAAGAUUCUUUGGCUAAAACUAAAAGAGAAAAAGUUCCAAUCAUGAAAGCAUUCCAAACUACACCAGCCAAGCGCGGACUAUUCUUAGGCCUUGGGGUUAUGGUUUUCAUGCAGUUUACGGGAUGUAACACCGUUAUUUUCUACACCACAACUAUCUUCAAUGCAUCUAGUAGCUCAAUAAGCUCAAAUUUAUCCACAGUUAUUGUAGGUAUUAUGGCUGUUUUGUCCACGUAUGUGUCAACACUUGUUGUUGAUAAAUUAGGACGAAAGAUUUUGCUUUUGUAUUCUGUUAUUGCAAUGGGCAUUUGUACAUUUCUCAUUGGUGGAUUUUUCUACGCAAAGGAUUCCAAUUAUGAUGUCUCAUCAAUUGGAUUUAUCCCAUUAGUGUCGUUGUGUGUAUUCAUAAUAUUAUUCUCCAUGGGUUUUGGUCCGAUCCCAUGGAUGUUGAUGGGUGAAAUAUUUCCACCUCAAAUUAAAGGUAUUGCUAGCUCAAUAGUCUGUAUGGCAAACUGGUUCUUUGUAUUCUUGGCUACCAAAUUUUUCACGUUAUUGGUAGAUACUAUUUAUUUAUACAACACAUUCUGGCUCUACACGCUGGUCAGUGUGUUGGGCACAUUUUUUGUGGUAUUUAUUGUUCCUGAAACUAAGGGGAAGACCAUGGAAGAAAUUCAGUUGUUGCUUGGUGCAUAA